AUGGCAGCCUCUGAACUUUACUCCAAAUAUGCCCGUGUAUGGCUUCCAGAUGCAGCAGAAGUGUGGAAGUCAGCGGAGCUUAUCAAAGAUUACACUCCUGGUGACCAGACGCUGUUUCUGCAGCUGGAAGAUGGCACGGAGGUGAACUACAAAAUAGACCCAAAAACAAACAAUCUUCCACCACUAAGAAACCCAAACAUCCUGGUGGGGGAAAAUGACCUCACAGCUCUCAGCUACCUCCAUGAGCCAGCAGUUCUACAUAACAUCAAAGUGCGCUUCAUUGACUCCAAGACAAUUUACACAUAUUGUGGCAUUGUCCUGGUCGCCGUCAAUCCAUAUGAGAGCCUGCCUAUCUAUGAAGCUGACAUCAUCAAUGCCUACAGUGGGCAGAACAUGGGAGACAUGGACCCUCAUAUAUUCGCAGUAGCAGAAGAAGCAUACAAACAGAUGGCCAGGGAUGAAAGAAACCAGUCCAUAAUAGUGAGUGGUGAGUCUGGAGCUGGUAAAACCGUCUCUGCUAAGUACGCUAUGCGCUACUUCGCCACAGUCAGCUGCUCCUCUGGUGAGGCCAAUGUUGAAGAGAGAGUCCUGGCCUCCAGUCCCAUCAUGGAGGCCCUUGGAAAUGCCAAGACAACAAGGAAUGACAACAGCAGUCGUUUUGGGAAGUACAUCGAGAUUGGGUUUGACAAGAAGCUUUGCAUAAUUGGGGCAAAUAUGAGGACCUAUCUGCUAGAAAAGUCUAGAGUUGUGUUUCAGGCUCAUGGAGAAAGGAACUAUCACAUAUUCUACCAGCUGUGUGCAUCUUCACAUUUACCAGAGUUCAAAGCCUUCAAAUUAGGUUGCGCAGAUGACUUCCACUUUACUAACCAGGGUCACAGCCCAGUCAUAGAUAGAGUGGAUGAUGCCAAAGAGAUGCACAACACCAGGAGGGCUUUCUCACUUUUAGGAAUCGUUGAAAGUGUUCAAAUGGCAAUUUACCAAAUUCUGGCGGCUAUUCUGCAUCUGAGCAACGUGGAGGUGAAAGACCAAUCAACAGACAGAAGCAGCAUCUCGCCAGACAACGCCCACUUGCUGGUGUUUUGUGAGUUGAUGGGGGUCCCCUGUGAAGAAAUGGCCCACUGGUUAUGUCACAGGAAAAUCAAGACAACCACAGAAACCUAUGUCAAGUCCUUCUCCAAGAUGGAUGCGGUCAAUGGGCGAGAUGCUCUAGCCAAACACAUCUAUGCCAGAAUCUUCAGCUGGAUUGUUGGCAAAAUUAACAAUGCGUUAAAAUCUGCUGUGAAACAACGUUCAUUCAUUGGUGUGCUUGACAUUUACGGGUUUGAAACAUUUGAUGUCAACAGCUUCGAACAGUUUUGCAUCAAUUAUGCCAACGAGAAGCUUCAACAACAGUUCAACCUGCAUGUCUUCAAACUGGAGCAAGAGGAGUACAUGAAAGAGCAGAUACCGUGGACCCUGAUCGACUUCUAUGAUAACCAGCCGUGCAUAAAUCUGAUUGAGGCCAGGCUGGGUGUCCUCGACCUUCUGGAUGAGGAGUGCAAAAUGCCCAAAGGCUCGGAUGACACAUGGGCCCAGAAACUGUACAACACCCUCUUGAAGCAGAAUGCACACUUUGAGAAACCCAGGUUAUCAAACAGAGCCUUCAUCAUCCACCACUUUGCAGACAAGGUGGAGUAUCAGUGUUUGGGCUUCCUGGAGAAAAACAAGGACACAGUCAACGAGGAACAGAUAAAUGUGCUGAAAAACAGCAAGUUUGAUUUGCUGCUGAAGCUGUUUGAAGAAGAUGAGAAGGCACCAAGUUCCACAAACAAGCCCACUAACACUGGAAGGCCUGGUCAGAGGGAUAAUAAGAAGACUGUUGGACUGCAGUUUCGACAGUCUCUACAUUUGCUGAUGGACACACUUAAUGCGACUACUCCUCACUAUGUACGCUGCAUCAAGCCAAAUGACCAUAAGGAAUCAUUCACCCUGGACCCUGUGAGAGCAGUGCAGCAGCUCCGAGCAUGUGGCAUCCUCGAAACAAUCCGGAUCUCAGCAGCAGGCUUCCCAUCUAGAUGGACCUAUCCGGAAUUUUUUAAUCGUUACCGGGUCCUUAUGAAGCAAAAGGAUAUACUUCCUGAUAGAAAACAGACCUGCAAGAAACUCCUGGAAAAACUCAUUGAGGACCAGGAUAAGUAUCAGUUUGGCAAAAACAAGAUCUUCUUCAGAGCUGGCCAGGUGGCUUACUUGGAGAAGCUGCGCUCAGACAAACUGCGAAUGGCUUGUGUCCGCAUCCAGAAAACGAUCCGCUGCUGGCUGGCACGCAGAAAGUACCUGAGGAUGAGGGAAUCUGCCAUGACCAUACAGAGAUACGUGCGAGGUCACCAGGCACGCUGUUAUGUUAACUUCCUGCGAAGAACCAGAGCAGCUGUUGUCAUUCAGAGGAACGUGCGUAUGUGGACGACCAGGAGACGUUACCGACAGCAGCGCUCUGCAGCUAUCAAAAUUCAGUGCUACUUGAGGGCCUACGUGGCUAAAACACAGUACUAUAAGUUGAUGUAUGAGCAAAAGGCUGUGAUCAUCCAGAAGUGGGUAAAAGGCUGGCUAGCCCGGCAGCGUUACAGACGAGCCCUGGCAGACAUUGUCCUGCUGCAGAGUUAUGUACGUCGCAUGGUGGCCAAGAAGCAAUUAAAGAAGCUGAAAGUGGAAGCACGCUCUGUGGAGCACUUCAAGAGUCUCAACAUUGGCAUGGAGAACAAGAUUAUGCAGUUGCAACACAAGAUAAAUGAGCAGCAUAAAGAAAACAGAGAGCUCAGUGAGAAGCUAAAUGUUGUGGGAAGGACCCAGUCUACUGAGAGAGAGAGACUCGGCAAAGAGAUUGAAAACCUACGUAGAUCAGAGCAGGAGGCCAGAGUUAAAGUUGAGAGGCUCCCCUCGCUGCUGGAGCAGCUCUCCUUCCUUCAAAAGGAGCUUAAGAAUACCCGCAGAGAGAGAGAUGACCUGGAAGUCCAGGCAAAGGUCUACAUGGAGGAGACACAUCAGGUGGUCGAGGAGCUAAAUAUGAAAAACAGCUUGUUGAACAAUGAGAAAGAUGAACUCAACAAGCUGAUCAUGGAACAAACCCAACAGUUAACAGAGACUAAAACCCAAAACAUGGAAAACGCCAAACAGCUGGAGAAAGACUUAACUGAAGAACGCUCCCGCUACCAAAGUCUGCUCAGUGAGCACCUGCAUCUGGAGGAGCGGCACAGAGACCUGAAGGAGGAGAUGAAUGUCAGCAUUAGUUCAAGCAAACCUAGUCACCGUAGGACUGACUCCAACUACAGCAGUAACUCAUCUGAGUUCAGUCAGAGUUUAGGCUCUACUGAUGGAGAGGAAGGCUCUAUACAAACAGAGGAGGAGACCCAGCCCACAGUGGACCUGCCAGUCCUUCUGAAGUUUCAGAGAAGAGUGAAGGAUCUGGAGCAGGAAAACCAGUCACUAUGGCAGCAGCUGGAUAACAAAGAAGAAGCCCAACAAGAAAAAGCAAAAGUAGAGGAGGAGAAAACUGUUGGCAGAGCAGAACUGGACUUGGAAACACUUAAGCGGCAAGAACUGGAGUCGGAGAACAAAAAGUUGAAGCAGGAUCUAAAUGUUCUGCGGAAGUCUCUGACCAAUGAGAAUAGUGCUUUGAUGCCCCCUGCCCCUGGCACGAUGCCCUACGACAUACUGGUGGAUCAACUCACCUCUUCCAAUGAGGAGCUGGACAUGCGGAAAGAGGAAGUGCUGCUUCUUAGAUCACAUAUAGUCCGUCAAGAGGCUCUUAAACAUAAGGACUCUGCAUUGGGAGAAGGUGUGAAAUUAGACCUGAGUGAUGUCCCCUCGUUUCAAGAUGUCAACAGGGCAACUCCCAUCCACACACUGAAUGAAGAUGGAGAGCUGUGGCUGGCCUAUGAAGGUUUGAAGGAGACCAACAGGCUUCUUGAGUGCCAGAUGCAGGAGCAGGAAUCUUUUCACAGUGAGAAGUAUAAGAAGCUGCUGCAGGAGGUGAACCAGCUGAAAGAAGAAAAGGAGCAGCAGCAGAAGCUGUUGUCUCAGAGUCUCCUCUUGCCUGAAGAUGCUCGCGUUGAGUUCAUCCUGAAGCAUGAGAUCACUCGGCUCACCAAUGAGAACCUGGAACACAUGGAGCAGCAGGAGAAACAAGACAAAACGAUACGCAAGUUGAAGAAACAACUUAAAGUGUUCAUGAAAAAAGUAGAAGAUUAUGAAGGUAAUCACACAGCAUUGACAAAUAAAGACUCCAUGAUGAACGCUCCUGUCAGAGCAGUGCACAUCACCCGCAAGGAGAAAGAGUACCAGGGCAUGUUGGAGUACAGAGAGGGAGACGAGAGCCGCCUACUUAAGAAUCUGGUCAUAGAUCUGAAGUCCCGUGGUGUAGCAGUCAGCCUCAUCCCUGGGCUUCCAGCAUACAUCAUCUUCAUGUGCCUACGAUACGCUGACAGUGUUAACGAUGAUCAGAGAGUCAGCACUCUGCUCAACUCCACCAUCAGCAGCAUCAAAGGGGUCAUUAAGAGGAGAGGAAAUGAUUUUGAAGUGGUUUCUUUCUGGCUGGCCAACACAUGCCGGUUACUGAACUGUCUGAAGCAGUACAGUGGAGAUGAGGUGUUCAUCACGCACAACACUGUCAAGCAGAAUGAGCACUGCCUGACCAACUUUGAACUGUCAGAGUAUCAGCAAGUUUUUGGUGAUCUGUCCAUCCAAAUUUACCGCCAGCUCAUCAAAUGUAUAGAGGACGUACUGCAGCCUCUGAUAGUUGCAAGCAUGCUGGAGCACGAAGCAAUCCAGGGCGUUCUGGGCUCUAAACCUACUGGCCUGAGGAAAAGAAGCUCCAGUUUCCCGGAGGAGGAGGCUGUUACAGUGGAAGUCCUCCUGCAGCGUCUUAGCCUUUUCCACACCACCAUGAGUCAGCAUGCGAUGGACUCAGACCUCAUCAAACAGGUCGUCAAACAGAUGUUUUACAUCAUCUGCGCUUCCACGUUGAACCACCUGCUGCUGCGGAAAGACAUGUGCUCCUGGAGUAAAGGCCUGCAGAUCAGGUACAAUGUUUGGCAGUUGGAGGAGUGGCUGACGGAGAGAGACCUGGCAGACUGCGGUGCCAAGGAGACUCUGGAGCCUCUCGUACAGGCCGCACAGCUUCUGCAGAUCAAGAAGAAGACUGAGGCAGACGCCCAGGCUAUCUGCACCAUGUGCACUGCCCUCACCACGGCACAGAUUUUAAAAGUGUUGACAUUGUACACCCCAGUGAUUGAAUUUGAAGAGCGAGUGACAACCAGCUUCAUCGAAACCAUGAAAGACCUUUUGAAAGACAGAGUUGAGUCACCCACGCUGAUGAUGGACGCCAAGAAGAUCUUCUCUGUCAUGCUUCCCUUCACAUCCUCCGCUGUGGCUUUGGAGACCGUCCAGAUCCCCGCUAGCCUUAAUCUGAGCUUCCUGACUCGCAUCUAGACCAGCUUUCAAAAUUCGCACCUCGUUCUCUGACUUCAUUUUACCAGAGUAAAAACACCAAAGUUUGUAUCUAAUGUUUCAUGAUAGGUGAAUAUUGUAAUUCUACAACAGAAUAAGGAAAUGUCGUUUACAUGCAUCUGUAUUUUUAACACUGUGAAACCAAAGAGUAAUAACUUAAUGAGCAGUGAAUAUGCAAAAACAGUCUUUUAAAGGUAAUUUCUUGCUACACCAAAUGUAUGUAUCACUUAACAUGUGCGGACAGAUAGAUUGGUAGUUUUCCUGCAAUCUUAAUAACAACAUUAGACCUUUUGACAACACAAAAUCUAUAAGUGACAUGUUUCUGAUAUCUAGGAUAUAUAAACAUACUCUGAUGACUUGUGUCAGUGGGCACGGUUUUUAAAAAUUCAUGACCAGGAGCGAUAAAGUAUUAAUGUGCAUUUAAAGACACUGAUUUAACUGCUGAAAAUGUGUUGUGAUGAAAUUUGGGAGCACUGUUUUAUUUCUGUAACGACUAAUCUAUCAGGUGAUGGUAUUUAUGUCAGGAUGAAGGUGAAGGAAAACAAAUAUUAUUAUUAUAAUUAUUAUUAAUGAUGUA